AUGCCAUCCUUCGUCAAUAUGGAUAAAGCACCAGAUACUUCACAAGUGGGUCUGGUCAGCACACCGAAAACGAAGGCAUCUAGAACAAAACAUAUAAACUUUCUGACCCAAGCUUUGAGAAUCGGCCAUCAAAGGGUAAACAUCGACGUUAACUUAUUGGACCACAAGAUCGAAGGCUUUACGGAAUUGAUUGUGCUACCAACUUCCAAGUCACUCAAAUGUAUAAAACUAGACUGUCGAGAAUUGAUGAUUAAAGAUGUCUAUAUUAAUGAUAGUAGAAUAACAAACUACAUUUACAAAGACACUUUGUACAUAAAUGAUGAUAAAAUAUUCGAAGGCUGUAUAAAACAAAGCACGAUAAACUUACUAGAUCUAUACUCUAAUGAUUUCACUAUUCAUCAGCAUCAUUUAUUGAGACAAAAAUUAAAUUACAUAUUUGGGGAGAAUAACUAUGACCCUUCUGAUCCACCGAAGGAAUUUAACAAUGGAAAUACUGAGGAAUUAAUCAUUUUCUUACCUGAUAACUUAAAAAUUGAAUUAACAGAUAUCUCUUCGAUUCAUACGCCAGGAAGCUAUGUGGGUACUGCAACACCUUUACAUUUGAGGUCUAGAAACACUACAAACGAAGCUUAUUCCCCUAUAAAUGUCAAAAUUGAUUAUGAGCUACGUAACCCAAAAAAUGGUAUAAACUUUAUGUCCAAUAAGUCUUCCGAAAGACGAACGUGGCACGCGUAUACAACAAAUUCCGAUUAUAACAUCUCGACAUCUUCCUGGGUCCCCUGCAUCGAUAACUUAUGGGACAGAAAUACUUGGUCCAUGGAGGUGAAUAUUCCAAGAACAAUUAAAGAUAUAGAAAAGUCAAAUAAUAACACGAUACCAAAUGGGCCUAGGGCAUGGAAUAGUUUCGAUGCUAUCGAUGGCCAGGAUGAGAUUGACGGCAUUGAUAAAAACGUCAAUGAUAUUCAAGAUGAUGAAAAGCGAAAUACCGAAGAUGAUGAUGAAGAAGAUGAUGACAAUGAGAACUAUGAUUUGACAGUUUGUUCCGGCGACUUUAAUAACAUAAAGGAAACUCCUCAUCCUGUUGACGUAUCAAAGAAGGUUGUAUCUUGGUCAAUAUUUAACCCAAUAUGUGCUCAUCAUGUUGGUUGGGCUGUGGGUUGCUUUCAAUAUCUAUUAUUAUCAACUUCGGAACAAGCUGCAGAAGAAGAGUUAUUGAAAAAGGAAGAUUUGAUGGAUGAUCUCGAAAUGAAUGGCGAAAACGCUCUGGUCGUUGCUCUAUAUUUCUUGCCAGGAAAGGAGGAUUUGGCAAAAAAUACUGGUAUCUUAUCAAAUAAAGCUAUAGAUUUUUUCCUGAAGCAUUUCGGCUCUUUUCCUUUCAGUCUGUUUGCGAUUGUAUUUGUUGAUGGAUGUUCAUCAUAUGCAAAUAAUUUUGCCGGAUUGAGUGUAUUGAGCGACGAUAUCUUAUAUCCACCGGAUUUGAUUGAGCCAAUGUUCACUAAUACUGAAAUUGUAGUAGAAGCUAUUGCAAGUCAAUGGUCAGGCAUUAAUAUUACACCCCAGACAAUAGGCGACACUUGGUGUACGAUUGGUAUAGCCCAUUUCAUGUUAUUGCAGUUUUUGAAAACUUUGAUGGGAUCUAAUCAUUGUAGGUUCAAGGUGAAAGAAGAUAUGAAUAAAAUUAUGAAUGUUGAUAUAGGAAAAAAACCUCUAGCUUACCAGUUCUUUCGAUUUCCUAUCUCAGAAGAUGAUCUAAAGUUUAUCAAGCUUAAAGCUCCGAUAGUGCUAUUUAUUCUCGAUAGAAGAAUGACAAAAACUGAUAAAGCUUUUGGCCUUUCUAGAGUCAUUUCCAAGCUUUUUUUGCAAGCAAUGUCGGGAGACUUGCAAAACAGCACAUUGUCUACGCCACACUUUGAGCAUGUCUGUGAGAAGGUUGCUAGAAUCAAAUUAGAUUCGUUUUUUAAACAGUGGGUAUAUAGUUCCGGGUACCCGAUUUUUAAAGUGUCUCAGAAGUUCAAUAGAAAACGGACUUUGAUAGAGAUGAGCAUCCGGCAGACUCAGCAUAGUGAAACUAAAAGGCUUCACCCAGAUCCCAAUACAUUUAUCAAUGAUUCUAUAGGUUUCUUGGAUGAAGAACCAUCUUUCCCUAUACUACCCGUGUUUCGUGGCCCAAUGACUAUUAGAAUUCAUGAAGCAGAUGGUACGCCAUAUGAGCAUAUCGUGGAUAUUAAAGAAGGUCAAGUAAAAAUUGACAUACAGUACAACUCGAGACUUAGAAGAAUGAGAAAGCACAAGGAUGAUACCAAUGAUAUACUGACUAAUUUUAGUAAAUUAGGAGAUGUUCUCGAAGACCAGCGUGAUGUCCAAGAGUGGGGAUUUACUGAAUGGUCGAAAGAAGAAGAAGACAGCUUGAAUGAUGGAUUUGAGUGGAUCAGAGUAGAUGCAGAUUUUGAGUGGAUAGCUCAAAUUCAUGUGAAGCAACCAGAUUACAUGUACUGCUCGCAACUUCAAUAUGAUAGGGAUGUUGAAGCUCAAUAUGACGCAGUCAAAUAUUUCGCGAAUAUCGAAAGACCAAAUACAACCUAUUGCACAACGCUAACUCGAACAUUGAUGGAUAGUAGGUAUUAUAAUGGAAUUCGCCUUGCAGCUGCUCAUGCUCUAACUCAAUUUUCAAAGCCUGAGAAUAAUUUUAUUGGCAUUAGAUAUCUUAUAAAGGCUUAUAAAGAAAUGUUUUGCUUUCCAGGAAGUUCAAUACCCUACGGCAAUGACUUCACUGAUUUUCCAAGGUUUUUUUUACAAAAGAAUAUCCCUGCAUUUCUAAGCGAAGUUAGAGAGGAAAAUGGAAAGUAUCCCACUGCUAUUCGAGAAUUGCUUUUAAAUUUGAUCAAGUUCAAUGAAAAUCAUAGCAACAAUUUUCAAGAUUGCUUUUAUAUUAGUGACUUGUUGAAGGCUCUAACAAAUUGCGUUAUUCAGUCCAACGAUCUGUUGAGCUAUAGCUCUCACGAAGAGAACAACGGCAGCAUGAAUGAAUCUAAAAAAUUCAUAGGACUAGCUUUAUCUGAAAUUGAUCGUCUUCAAAAGUUGGAUGAAUGGGUUCCAUCUUACCAAAAUAUAGUGGGAAUAACAUGCCUUGAGCAGAAAAUUAAAUUAGCAGCACGAGGCUUACACCAAGUUUCUUUUGAAGAUUUGCUUUACUAUACGUUGGACAGAUAUUCUGUUAAAAUUAGAAUUAUGGCUUUCAAAGGAUUGUUCUUAUUAGGUGGCUUGAAAAAUGCUGCCAUACUUCAAUACUUUUUGAAAAUCUUACUCCUUGAUUCUGAUGUCUCUUAUUUUAGACGAAAUCUCAUAAGGUCACUUUCUUAUUCUCUUUGUGUUGCGGCUAUUGAGGGAACACCUUCAACUUUGGACGAUCCUGAGUUCAAGACGUUCGACAAGUUAUUGGUUGAUAGCUCCAGACUAGCACACAACCAAACUAACAUGGUUAUUAUCGAGGAUGCCCCAAAUACUGAAUUAACAUCCAAAAGGGAUAAUUUUACUCGAGCUACUAUUAGUGGGGCUAUUAAAUUGUUAAGGAGAGACUAUGCUAUUGGAAAGGGCCUAAAAGCUGUCUUUUGGGAGUUAUUGCAUACAUCUCUUUUGAGUGUAAAUGAAAGGAGAGAAAUCUUCUGUAUUUGUGAAGUUUUAUAUGAAGAAGUUGACUCGUUUCUUGUGAGAGUUCCUAUUCCAAGUGUUCCUUUGAGUGAGUUGAAGCGAAAAAUUGUUUUAAAGAAUCUUGGUGAUGGCAAGCUAAUGUUCAGGCGUGAAGGACGAUUCAAGCUUCAUGUUUCUCGAAAGCUUACAAUGACUACAAAUGAGAACCGCUCAGUUGAACGUUCGAAUAAGUCCGUUUCGGCACCUUUGACCUCCGACUCAGCGAAACUAAAAUUGAAGUUGGAUUUUUCCAAUAAAAAGGCCAAGAAGGUCAAGAGUCAACCGGCCGAUUCAAAUCUUGUAACUAUCGACCCCACUAAUAGUAACUUGGUAACAAUAAAACUUAGAUUGGGUGAUUUAGAUUUUGGGCCGUUAAGACACAGUGACCCUCCUUUGCUGUUAGUGACAGUUCGUGGCUCUUCAAUAUCAGUAAAAUUUACUGCAAAAUAUAUUGAGUACUUAAAGAAUCUUGCUCCGAAGAGCGAAGCAGUACGAUACGUUAAGAUUUUAACAAGACGGAAAAAGGUCAUUCUUUCAGCUACCCCUUUUGAUUCUAUAAAAACCACGGAUGUUAUACCGAGUUCAUCUCAUGGUAGUCCCCCUAAUGAAUCAAGUGAUAAAAAAGAACCAAAAAAGCCUGAGGAGACCGUUGCCUUUCAAGACGAAAAGAUCGAAGAUGAUACGCCACAGGACCGAAUGAACGCUGACUCUAGCACAAAGAAGGAAGAUCAGGAAUCAAAGCACAAAAUUGCCACUGAAGGCGUACAGAUAUCACCCACUACUAAACCCUCCCCAACUACGCCGAUUGAAGAUAAUCUGCUGUUACAAGAACCGGAAAUUUUAAUAGAAGAUCAAAGCACAUCAAAGCAAUCGCAACUUAGUCAAAAGGUUUCAGAAUCGGCAAAAGUGAAUGAAAAAGCGCCUAAAAAAACUGGUCUAAAAUUAAAAUUGAAUAUUAAGCAUUAA